AUGAGCUACGUUCACAACCACAGCGGCCAGCACUAAACAUUUCCAAACACCUACUUCAAAGUAGUCGCAUUUUGCGGAUUUCAGUGAAGUAAUUCCGCUGGUUUUACGACACGUUGGUCAAGCUGAUGCAAACAUUUAACUCGGUGAUUUGAGCACAAAGAAAGUCCAGAUUGGAAAUAUAACUUGAACAAAGGAUGGCUUCCCGCGGGAAAUCAGAAACUGGAAAAUUGAGGCAAAAUAUGGAAGAGCAGCUUGACAGACUGAUGCAGCAGCUUCAGGAUCUGGAGGAAUGCAGAGAAGAACUGGAUGAAGAGGAAUAUGAGGAGACCAAGAAGGAAACCUUGGAACAGUUGAGUGAGUUCAACGACUCUCUGAAGAAGAUCAUGACAGGAGACAUGACGCUUGUGGAUGAGCUCAGUGGGAUGCAGCUGGCAAUCCAGGCUGCCAUCAGUCAAGCGUUCAAAACCCCAGAGGUGAUCCGACUUUUUGCGAAGAAGCAGCCAGGACAGCUGAGAACCAGACUAGCAGAGAUGGACCGAGAUGUUAUAGUGGGGAAACUGUCGCGGGAUCUGUACACACAGCAGAAAAUGGAAAUCCUCACAGCCUUGAGAAAACUGGGAGAGAAGCUUACUGCAGAGGAUGAGACUUUUCUCUCAGAAAAUGCCACAGCUACUCUGAGCCAGUUUGAAAAAGUCACUGCAAACUCAGGGUCUGAAGAUAAAAUUAUGGCUUUAGCUAGCUCUGGUGUGAAAACCAAGGCAUAGUAAUUACACAAAAUGUUAAUUUUAAGUCGACUUCUUUUUUAUCACCAACAGAGAAAAUGUGCCAAUUGAUUUUGUAAAUAAUCACUUCUAGGUGUUGCUGUAGAUGCUAACACUUUUUAACAGUAUUGUUUUAUAGCCCUCAAUGUAUUUUAUGUGUUCGGAUGAGUGUAUCAUAUCAUUGUAUCAUAGGUACGAGCAUGUGAUUUGUGUAAUAUGAAGACAUGUACAUGAAUGUGAAA